GCAGGAGGAGGGGGACAUUUGGCAUCGGCCGGGGGGCCCAGGGACUGCGCGGCAUGGCUGGUGAGGGGUGUUUGGGGGGGCGCUGGCGGCGGGGGGAGCUCUCCGGAGCUCCCGCGCGCCCUGCUCGUUGUUAGCUAUGGCAAAUGGCAGCGGCGUCGCCAGCAGCAGCAGCAGCAGCGCCUCGGGAGGCAGCGGCGGCGUUAGAAUGAGUAACAGCAUCAGCGCCGGCAAUCUCAACACGGACUCGUCCUCGUCCCCGGUCAGCGUGCCCAAGAUGGAUGCGCUCAUCAUCCCGGUGACCAUGGAGGUGCCCUGCGAUAGCCGCGGCCAGCGCAUGUGGUGGGCUUUCCUCGCCUCGUCCAUGGUCACGUUCUUUGGCGGGCUCUUUAUCAUCCUGCUCUGGAGGACCCUCAAGUACCUGUGGACCGUCUGCUGUCACUGCGGGGUCAAAAACAAGGAGGCCCAGAAGAUUAAUGCUGGUGGGGAAACCCAGGCUGAUGGGACCUGUAAACCUACAGAUGAGAAAGAGGAGACUGUCGCAGCAGAAGUGGGCUGGAUGACCUCUGUGAAAGACUGGGCAGGAGUGAUGAUAUCUGCCCAGACUCUAACUGGCAGAGUCCUUGUUGUCUUAGUCUUUGCUCUUAGUAUUGGUGCUCUUGUAAUAUACUUCAUAGAUUCGUCAAACCCAAUAGAAUCCUGCCAGAAUUUCUACAAAGAUUUCACGUUACAGAUAGACAUGGCUUUCAACGUGUUCUUCCUACUCUACUUCGGCUUGCGUUUCAUUGCAGCCAAUGACAAGCUGUGGUUCUGGCUGGAAGUUAACUCGGUAGUAGAUUUCUUCACAGUCCCUCCAGUGUUUGUGUCAGUGUAUUUAAACAGAAGUUGGCUUGGUUUAAGAUUUUUAAGAGCCCUUAGACUGAUACAGUUUUCAGAAAUUUUGCAGUUUCUGAAUAUCCUAAAAACAAGUAAUUCCAUCAAGCUGGUGAAUCUGUGCUCUAUAUUUAUCAGCACAUGGCUGACAGCAGCUGGGUUCAUACAUUUGGUGGAGAACUCAGGGGAUCCAUGGGAAAAUUUCCAAAAUAACCAACCACUUACAUAUUGGGAAUGUGUUUAUUUACUAAUGGUUACAAUGUCCACUGUUGGCUAUGGAGAUGUUUAUGCAAAAACAACCCUUGGUCGCCUUUUCAUGGUCUUCUUCAUCCUCGGGGGAUUGGCCAUGUUUGCCAGCUACGUCCCUGAAAUCAUAGAGUUAAUAGGAAACCGCAAGAAAUAUGGUGGUUCCUAUAGUGCGGUUAGUGGAAGAAAGCACAUAGUUGUCUGUGGUCACAUAACACUUGAAAGUGUGUCCAACUUCCUGAAGGACUUCCUGCACAAGGACAGGGAUGAUGUGAACGUGGAAAUCGUCUUUCUGCAUAAUAUCUCCCCUAACCUUGAGCUGGAAGCUCUUUUUAAACGACACUUCACUCAGGUGGAAUUCUAUCAGGGUUCAGUUCUCAAUCCGCAUGACCUGGCGAGAGUAAAGAUAGAGUCAGCAGAUGCAUGCCUAAUCCUUGCCAAUAAAUACUGCGCUGACCCAGAUGCUGAAGAUGCCUCCAAUAUUAUGAGAGUAAUUUCCAUAAAGAAUUACCAUCCGAAGAUAAGAAUUAUCACUCAGAUGCUGCAGUAUCAUAACAAGGCCCAUCUGCUAAAUAUCCCAAGCUGGAAUUGGAAAGAAGGGGAUGACGCAAUCUGUCUUGCUGAACUCAAGCUGGGUUUCAUAGCCCAGAGCUGCCUGGCACCGGGCCUCUCGACAAUGCUAGCCAACCUCUUCUCUAUGAGGUCAUUCAUAAAGAUUGAGGAGGAUACGUGGCAGAAAUACUAUCUAGAAGGAGUCUCAAAUGAAAUGUAUACAGAAUAUCUAUCUAGUGCCUUUGUGGGUCUGUCUUUCCCUGCAGUUUGUGAACUGGUGUUUGCAAAGCUAAAGCUCUUAAUGAUAGCCAUAGAAUACAAGUCAGAAAAACGGGAAAGCAGAAGCCGAAAGCGUAUAUUAAUCAAUCCUGGAAACCAUGUCAAGAUUCAAGAAGGUACUUUAGGAUUCUUCAUUGCAAGUGAUGCCAAAGAAGUGAAAAGGGCAUUUUUUUACUGCAAGGCCUGUCAUGAUGACAUCACGGAUCCCAAAAGGAUAAAAAAAUGUGGCUGCAAACGGCUGAUCUAUUCCAAGAUGUCCAUCUACAAGAGAAUGAAACUGGCAUGUUGUUUUGAUUGCGGACGCUCUGAGCGUGACUGCUCUUGCAUGUCAGGCAGUGUACAUAGUAACAUGGACACCCUUGAGAGAGCCUUCCCACUUUCUUCUGUCUCUGUUAAUGAUUGCUCCACCAGUUUACGUGCCUUUGAAGAUGAACAUCCGUCGACACUGUCACCCAAAAAAAAGCAGCGAAAUGGAGGCAUGAGAAAUUCACCCAACUCCUCGCCCAAACUGAUGAGGCAUGACCCCUUGUUAAUUCCCGGCAAUGAGCAGAUUGACAACAUGGAUGCCAGUGUGAAAAAAUAUGACUCCACGGGGAUGUUUCAUUGGUGUCCAGGAAAGGACAUUGAAAAGGUCAUUUUGACCCGGAGUGAAGCAGCGAUGACAGUUUUAAGUGGUCAUGUGGUCGUUUGCAUAUUUGGGGAUGCUAAGUCUGCAUUGAUUGGAGUAAGAAAUCUAGUGAUGCCAUUACGAGCCAGCAACUUUCACUACCAUGAACUCAAGCACAUUGUGUUUGUGGGUUCACUUGAAUAUCUGAAAAGGGAAUGGGAGACGCUGCAUAACUUCCCCAAGGUUUCAAUCUUGCCUGGUACGCCAUUAAGUCGGGCUGAUUUAAGGGCUGUCAACAUCAACCUCUGCGACAUGUGCGUUAUCCUGUCAGCCAAUCAGAAUAAUAUUGAUGAUGCUUCGCUGCAGGACAAGGAAUGCAUCUUGGCGUCACUCAACAUCAAAUCUAUGCAGUUUGAUGACAGCAUUGGGGUCUUGCAGGCUAAUUCCCAAGGGUUUACACCACCAGGAAUGGAUAGGUCAUCUCCAGACAACAGUCCAGUCCAUGGUCUGUUACGUCAACCCUCAAUCACAACAGGAGCCAACAUACCUAUUAUAACAGAGCUAGCUAAGCCUGGCAAACUUCUGCCUUUGGUUUCAAUCAGUCAGGAAAAAAACAGUGGAACCCACAUACUAAUGAUAACUGAACUGGUAAACGAUUCAAACGUUCAGUUUUUGGACCAAGAUGAUGACGACGACCCAGACACAGAAUUGUAUCUUACACAGCCAUUUGCAUGUGGAACCGCAUUCGCCGUCAGUGUAUUGGACUCCCUCAUGAGCGCUACAUACUUCAAUGACAAUAUCCUCACACUGAUACGGACGUUGGUAACAGGAGGAGCCACACCAGAGCUGGAAGCGCUGAUUGCUGAGGAGAAUGCACUGAGAGGAGGCUACAGCACGCCCCAGACACUUGCAAACAGAGACAGGUGUCGAGUUGCUCAGUUGGCUUUGUAUGAUGGGCCAUUUGCAGACCUAGGGGAUGGUGGUUGUUAUGGAGAUCUGUUUUGUAAAGCACUGAAAACAUACAAUAUGCUUUGUUUUGGAAUUUACCGAUUGAGAGAUGCACAUCUAAGCACACCUAGCCAAUGCACUAAACGCUAUGUUAUCACAAACCCACCCUAUGAGUUUGAGCUUGUGCCCACAGACUUGAUCUUCUGUUUGAUGCAAUUUGACCACAAUGCUGGCCAGUCCCGGGCCAGUCUCUCUCAUUCCUCCCAUUCUUCGUACUCCUCCAGCAAAAAGAGCUCAUCGGUUCAUUCUAUCCCAUCGACAGCAAACCGACAGAACCGCACCAAGACUCGGGACUCCCGGGAAAAACAGAAUGCAACAAGGAUGAAUAGAAUGGGCCAAGCAGAAAAGAAAUGGUUUACAGAUGAGCCGGAUAAUGCAUAUCCCAGAAACAUUCAAAUCAAGCCCAUGAGCACUCACAUGGCCAAUCAGAUCAAUCAGUAUAAAUCUACAAGCAGCUUGAUACCACCAAUCAGAGAAGUUGAAGAUGAAUGUUGACUCACAGGAGGCCAGAACUAUUUUUUUAAAAGCCUGACAAACUUCAUGAAUGGUGAUGUGACAUUUAUUUCUCUUACAUGCCGACCCACUGGUGGAAAAGUUAUGAAGGGCGAGUGUUAUGGAAAACUAAAGUAGACAGAUCUUUGUUUGUCUGCCUUUAAUAUUGCUUCCAUGUAUUUUGGAAACUAUUUCAUUUAUAAAUGAACAUAAUCAAAAAUAGUCAUGUAUAGCCUCUAGCAUUUUAAAUUAUUUUUAUUUAUUAGAAAGAAAAUAUAUUUUUCUUUUUUUCAUUGUCAGGUUUUUUUCCCCCCUUAAAACAGCUGCAUAUAUGGCCAGACUCCUAAAAAAAAAUUUUUUUAAAUCUGCUCUUGCUAUCUCUCAUCUUUGAGGAGAAUGAUGGUCACAAUUAUGACGAAAUGUAACCAAGGGAGAUAAAUAAUAUAUUAAAAAAUACAAGAUCCAACUUGUAUUUUAAUAAAUCUAAAAAAAGAAAAAAAGAACAGUUCACCAACAUGUUUCUUUACUGGAGACUAUGUAUUUUGUUCAGCAUUGACACCAGCUCUUAAUAAACUGAAACAUAUUUAUUUUCAAAGCUGAAAGUCAUAUUUUUGUAGAAUUAACAUUCUUUCUGAACUAUUCAUCGUUUUAUUACCAUAUACAGCAAAGACCUUCCUAACGAUCAUCUUAAGCACCGGUAAAUUUAAGGUCCAAAACAACCAAAACCAUGCAUUGGUAACUUUCUAUGACAAUAGGGUAGUGAACAUUAGUGUAAAACAAAGGGCAUGCAGAUAAGAUGCUCAUAAUGGCACUUUCUUAUAGGUUGCAAAAUGUGCAAUUCUGCUUUGCUUCAUGUUGCAUAUUAUCAAUCAGCACUUGCCGACUCAUGGAGUUCAACCUUGGAAAAUCCUCUUCUUUUGCCAGGUUUCUGAGUAUUUUAAUGCAGGGUGUCUAAACAGUGCAUCAGAUCAUGAUAUUCUAAACUCACUCAUCUACUAUAUUUAACUGAGUUCUUGUUUAAAACUACUGGAGUUGGGCCUGAACCAAACUUUAUCUGAGCCAAACACUCCUUGAAAUGUGGCAAAGUUUGGGUCCAUAGCACAAUUUUGCUGAUGGCCCAUGUUUCAGCAACAGAUAGAAUCAAACGCCCAGCUCUGAGCACACCUGCACUUUAGGUGAGUUCAGAUCAGGGUACAAACUCUGCAGCUCAGGCUCAUGUCUACAGUGUCUCAACUUGUUCUUGCCAGUUCAUUUCUGUAAAAAUCUUUUAAAUGUUAUUGUUUGCUUAUUUCUUUAAGUUGCUGGGACUCCACUCAUAAAGGUCCAGUGAUAACCAAAACAAAACAAAAGCAAUGAAUGUAUUUAAUAUGAUAACUUACAAAAAGCCGUUGAAAAGCUGCCUACAGUGAAAUCAAUUGUAUCAGCAGUUUCACAAAGUGGCCAACAAGCUUUAUAGCCAUCAGACAAAAUUGUGAUGUUUCAUAUCUGUGCUGCAGUAUGUAUUCACCCAGGCAUUUGAUGUUCUAAGCGAUUUAGCAACUCUCUCAAUUUCAAAUUAACAUUUGAUACAACUGGAUGAAAGAAUGAGCUACUGAGGAUAAAAAAGGCCCCGCAGGAAAAGAAAGGUAGGGUCCCAUUGCGCAAGUUAAUUUUAGGCUUUGUACUUUUGCAGAGUUGUAAAAAACCAAGAUAAAACAUACUGUGGCACUAUUAUCAUUAGAGAAAUAUCAGUGAGUCAGACACAUACAGAGCAGAUGAAUUUACUGUGGAAAAAACCGUCCACUAUAUAAUCCAACAUUUAAGCUAAACUAUCUCAGCUUCAAUGUUUGUUCACUGGCUGCAGUACAAAUGUAACCAUAAUGCCACCUAAACAGGCUUUAUUCUGGAGUGACUUUUUGGACUGUGACUACUUUGUUGUUACAUUUUGUAGAUUAGCUAUUUUAAAAAAAAAUUAACAAGAAUUGUGAAUAUAAUGUAUGUAAAAUUGGAUUGUUUAAAAAUAUUUAUAAUCACUAUCCUAUGAAGAAACAAAAUAACUUGAGCAGUUUUUAUUAAUAUUUAACCCAUUUCGCAAUACCCAAAAUAAAGGAAGAAUCUGGUGGUUUUGAUUUGUUACCACUUUAGCUAAUGGCAGGCUAUAAUUUGCAUUCUGGUUUUGCAUUGGGUCACUUUAAACCUUUCCUUUAAAGUCAGUACUCCUUUUUCAUUCAUGAACUGCAAUAAUUUUAUUACCACAGUAAAAAGUUGGCCUCAAUCCCAAUAGAAUUGUUGAAAUUUGUGUCAAUCUUAGCCAAAUACAUUUGAUUUUUAUAGGUCACUUUUUUAUGGCAGGCAUAGGAAAUUAUUUCUGUAACAUUCAACUUAAGAGUACUUAAAAUUAUUGUGCACAGUGCCAUUUCUUAGCAUCCUUCCUUUCAAUAAAAACUUUAUCAUAUACAUGAGAAUAAAAAAAACCCCACCAACAUUGCCAAGGCCUGUAUGUCUGUGUCUGCUGUUGAACUAAUACCCAGUGUGACUGCCACUAUAACGAAGUCUUGGGCAACACAAGACCCAGAUCUAUUAAUACAGCUAACAGCCAUAGCAUCCAUGUAUACAAACAGAUGUGGGGGCUGUAAAUAAUUAACAACAAACAUUUCCUCCUCUUUCCUUUGAUUACUAAAGAGUUUUUGAGGCAAAGGUCUGGAUUUGGUAAGUUUUUGACAGACGUAGAACACCUGGGGCAGAGGUGAACUGUCGUACAUAUACAGUAUACUGUAUUCAGUAGAACCAUGUAUAGUUAAUUAUAUGGAGGACAGGAAAGUUCCAGUUUUUAGAUCUUUUGCAAUUAAAAACAAUGGUCAAAUGGAGGCAAUGUGUGUGCAUCUGAAAGCUCUGUCCUCUAUACCCAUCCUGGGUCUGUCCUGUCAUUUAUUCAGUGCAGUAAUUAGAGUUGGGACAGGUCUAUUAAAUCUAUCCCUCUGCCAUGACAAGAUGUAGUCCCCCGAUAUAGGAUGUAUCAAAUACUGAACUGAUAAUUCAUUGGUCAAAAGGCCAUGAAGCUGCAAUACAAUCUGUGUAUGUGUGCAUGCGUACAUGUGUGUGUGUCAGUCAUCAGGGCCCCUCAAGCAAAGUGACUACUGGAAUGUCACAGGGCCUAAUUCUCAUUUGAGACAGACACGCCCAACUCGUGCUUUCUUGAAUGGGAGCCCAGUGCACCUGGCUAAGGGCAGAGAGAUAGAUCGGAAUCACUGAAGGUGUUGUUCACCCUGCUGCAGAGGGCUAGCAAAAAAGCUCUCAGAACUACUUAAGCCCUGCACCAGGGGAGCAGCUGCAUCUCUACAUUAGCAGGGACAUAGGGAGAAGGCCACAUGAUCUGCAGUAAUGAGGACCCAGAGCAAACCUACCAAGCCACACAAGUUGCAUGGAGGAGCUGAUGUCUCUAUUCCAGCCCUGAGGCUGGAGAAGCAGCUGCAGGUGGGUAGGCGGACUGCACCAGCCCACGUUGAAGGUGAGGGUGAAUUUUGUCUUAUCCCAACUGACGGUAUAGUCAGCCAAAUAAAGCCCUAUGACUCAGGCUUUAUGCAUGUGACACCAUGUGACAGGAAUUUUUCACCCUUAAGGAAAUAGAUGACUGGAUAAAUGAGGCAUGCUGGUUUAUAAGGGAGACACCUUUUCCUCUCCACACACAUCUUGGUAAUGUGCAAUGAUGCGGAAGGAAGUAAAGAAAAAUAUAUUAUAUUUUAAAUGAAGUUUUGAUAAAAUAUUACAUUUCUAAAAAUUUGCCAGAUGACAACUUGGGUCUUUUAAGCGUCUGAAGUACAUAGAGAAAAAACAAAUGAAACAAGCAAACUCUAUUUGUGAAAUAGCCCUUAGGAAUUUUGCAAUAAUCGGAUGCAUAAAUUACUGCACAACAAGAGCAAUAACUUACAAAUAGUAAUUAUGCAUGUUUUCACUGCCUGUUUGCAUAUUAUACAAUCCAUAGCUAUGUUAGCUAUGGCCCCAUUAUAGAUAUCCCAGUCUCAACGUUACUGUACAAAGCCAUACCUCCUUAACUGGAAUCACAUUGACAACGGCUUCAAGAAGCCAACGAGUUUUGAAAUAAACUUGUAUUCAAUGUUCUAGCAAGUAUUACUGCACAUUCCCCUACCCUGAUAUAAGUUAAUGUCCCUGCUUUGUUUCUAUUUUUUUAAAUUAUGUUCUGAAAGCAAAACAAAUAAAGGGAAGGGAGGGAGGGUGCGUGCAAAGGCUUUUAGAGUGCUUUGCAUGGCCCACAUAGCUUUCAUUGGUUUGGGCAGGAAACUCUUAUCAAUGUCACUGAGAGCUGUAUGGGAAAAUCUAGGGAAGAGUGUGUUUCUUAUGGUUCACAGUUUGCUAGCUCUCUUCCACAGCACCAGUCUGUAAAAUUUUGAUGCUGCUUUUAAAUCAAGUACUAAGAUAGGAGCCCAACUGGUACAUAAAAAUCCUGAUAACUAAGGCCCUGAUACAGCAAAGCAUUUAAGUGAGUAGAUAGUUCCACUGUAUUAGCCACAUUCAAGUAAAUGAGACUAUGCACUUGCUUAAAGUUAAGCACAUGCUUCGAGUCCUUUGCUGGAUCUGGGCCAAACUGAAGACAUCUUCAACCAGGUUUUUUAUAGGGUCUGUUAUAAUUUAUUUUGUGUGUUUUCAGAUCUUCAACAGAAAAAAAUGUUUUUACUUUAAAUAUGACCCACUGCAAGUCAUGGGUACGAACACAAUGUUCACAAAGGUAUAACAUAAAUAAAAUACUAGCAUAAUUCAGGUGUGUUCAGUCUGAGUGAAAUUCUCCACUGUGCAGAGUUGUCAACACAAGGCCCAUGGUACAACUUACGCUUUGAGAUGUUAAGUGCCUUGUGUUUCUCCAGGGGGGAGAAGUUCAUCCUAAAUGAGACAGGACAUUAUACUAAAAUCCAGAAAUUAGCAAGUCUGUACCUUUGCAGAAAUGUCAUAUGGUUAUAUGCUUUAAAAACCUUUGGCCACAGAGAUUUGAGACCAGUCUCAAUCUUUGCUUUCACAAGAAGUAAAAUUUACACCUACUUUUAUUUUGUACAGUGGGAUAGUUUUUUCAUCUCUUAUUUUCCUUCAAUGUGUGUUUACAAUCCCAGUUUUUAGGUCUUUUUCUGUUCAACAUAUAUAAGCUUCUUUUCCAGGUUCUCUGAUAUUUAGCAGGCAUAUUCAUUUGCAGUUUUUUCUAAUUAACAGCAUUAUGCAUACUCACACAUCUUGCACAGAAAUCUAGUGAUAUGGCACAUAAAACAAAGUAAAAACUAGCUAUUGAAUAAUCUAUAAACUGCAGUAGUCUAUAUAUCCAAAUAAACUCUAGUGGAUUAUAUACCAAAAGGAUAAGGACCUAUCUACCUAACCUAUUUUUGAACUACUAAAAAUUAUGUUUAGAGUCAGCCUUAGCAAAGAAUUAGAAUAAACCUCUUUUAUUACUUUCAGAGUAACAGCCGUGUUAGUCUGUAUUCGUAAAAAGAAAAGGAGUACUUGUGGCACCUUAGAGACUAACCAGUUUAUUUGAGCAUGAGCUUUCGUGAGCUACAGCUCACUGCAUCCGAUGAAGUGAGCUGUAGCUCACGAAAGCUCAUGCUCAAAAAAACUGGUUAGUCUCUAAGGUGCCACAAGUACUCCUUUUCUUUUUAUUACUUUGUUCCUCAUUACAGGAGUAUGAUAAAUAUCCAUACAAUACUGCCCCAUUCAUACGUCUAAUCCAGAACCUGUUGAAGUUGACAGAAGACUCCCAUUGAUUCAAUGAGCUUCAGAGGAGGCCUGCAUGAACAAAAGAAUGUAGGCACUCAGGGGCACAAGAAUAAAUGGAGAAAUUUCUGCAAUUUUUAUUGAAUUUAUUUAUUUAUUAUUUGAGACUGAAAAGUGGGUAUGGGAAGUUUUCUGGUAACCAGAAGAUGAGUUUAGGGAAUCUCACCAACAUGCCAGCUGAAAAGAAUCCUGUCCUACAUUUCUUUUAAGCAGCACUUAAAAAUCCCCGCCCCCCCCCCGGAUAUUGUUUGAGAUACAUAUGUCCAGCAACUGCAACAUCUAAAAUAUCUGCCUCAAAAAUAGUGGAAUUAAAAUUCUAAAUUCUUGUGAAAUUCAAAGUUGGCCUCUCUCCUACCCAUACCCCACAGAAAACACAUACAGUACAUAUAUAUAAUGUAUGAAAGCAUUUGCCAUUAUAACCAUUCCUUGAAAACAAUUCCUUUAAACUACCUAUGGUGUUAAGGCUUACAGUUCAGAAAGAAAAAGGAGCAUGACUUCAUCAUUUUUCUUUUUACCAAGGAUCGGUGAGAGAGAAAAAAUGCUGGUGCUCAGAAAUGAUCUACCUGACUUUGUCAUAUGUAAUAUCCAGCGAUAAAUAUAUUGUCUUGUAAAAAGGGUUUGUACAUAACUUGUACAUGGUUUCAUUUUGUAUUUUUCUCAGAUUAAAAUUUAUGUAUUUGUGUUCUAAAACAA